UUGUGACCACAGGAACAACACAGGAGCUGAUUCGUCAUGUCAUACAUUUCCCCCCAGUUUGGUACAUAAUGUUAUUCCCAUCAUGGCAAUUUGCACCUGAAUACACAUCAACUAAAUCAAAAUAAAUAAUCAUAUCUGUGAGGCUGUGCAGGAUCUUUAAAAACAACAAAUAGAUUGUACAUUUGUUCAAUGGACAUUUUUGACAAACAACGCACUAAUUUUAGCCUUGAAAAUCACAACAUGUCAUGAAAAGACAACCUUUAUUUGGAAACUACAACUUGAUGACACAUUCUAAAUAAAAUAUAUGCUAUUUUCACAGAAUAUCAUCCGUAAACCUGGAUUUAUUCAUAAGGUGCCGCCCCACCCCACAAGGUCUCGCGUUUUCUCGCGCGAGGACAGAGAGUUCUCGUGGCUGCUUCCUAUGCUGCUUCGUGACCAGUCUUCAGAGCGAUUAAAGAGCAUCCCGAAACGACCUUUUAUUUGGCUUUAAAACGGCCACCUGCAGUCUACGGUUUGUUAGCUAUAAGAGACACGUUGAUAAGCUCGCGCACAAGUCUUCUGGCAGCGGUUUUAAUGUGUGUUCAAGACCGCAAAUCAACCAACCGCUCAAAUACUCUAACGUUAAUCAUUGUUGUCAAUGUCGUCUGAACUUGAGAAACCAGUCCACACUGACAACCUCAAGGUAAAGCUUAUACUCGGGAGAAAAGAAACACAUUCUGUCUAAAAUGGUUGGUUGUGCCACAAUAGUUUCCCCUUUCCCAAACGCGUGUUUAUUUCUUGUUCUGUUCUUUCUUGCUUCGUCGCACGGCGCAAUGGCGCCCCCUCCCGGCCAGGCUCCAGAAGACAGCUGGGGACUGAAAUAUGUGAGCGGGGACCUGUUCUCCUGCCCCGAGGACGACGCGUUGGCCCACUGCAUCAGUGAGGACUGCCGCAUGGGGGCAGGCAUAGCGGUGAUGUUCAAGAAGCAGUUCAAAGGGGUCGAGGAGUUAAAGGAACAGAAAAAGCUGACAGGAGAGUGUGCCGUGUUAAAACGAGGCAGACGCUUUGUCUACUAUCUGAUCACAAAGAAAAAGGCCAGCCAAAAGCCCACCUAUGACAGCUUGACACGGAGCCUCGAGGAUAUGAAGUCACACUGUGUCGGGAACGGAGUAACAAGAAUAGCAAUGCCUCGCAUUGGUUGUGGCCUGGAUCGACUCGAGUGGAGUCGAGUGUCAGAGAUACUGGAACAGGUCUUCAAACGCACAAACGUCUCCGUCACCGUCUACAGCCUCCCGGAGAAAGCAGAGACCACAGUGAUGAAAGAAAACAUGCGCAGAUGAGAAAAAGAAAAAGAAAAACUCAUUUAUUGUAAUUACAAGUAUAUGCACUAUUCUGUAUUAUCAAGGGUUAUCUUGUUCAUUAAACAAAACAAAAAUAAAUGUC